AGCUUCUCUCAUCUAUCCAUUUCAUUUCUUCUUCGAAGUUUGACUCUUUGCUCUGAAGCCUUUCUUUCGUCUCAGGAUUUCAGAAAAAAGCUCAAAAAAUCUCUAAUGUUAUCACUAAGAGACACUCUUUCCAUACCAUUUUUAGCAUUAACGCCAAAACCCCACCUCAAGAACCAUCUUUUUCACACCAAAAACCCAACCCCAUAUCCAAGACUCCCGCUUUUCUGCAAAAAAGAUUUCCUUUCCUGCAAUCUCAAGUUGGUUAAUGGGGUGAGGUUUGAUGGUCCCAUAAUCGAUGCUAAUGAAUUGGAAGAUGGUGAUUUGGUGGUGGAGACCUGCAUUACCCACACUUUGCCUCCAGCUUUGACACUUGAGCAUGGUCUCCAGAGUAUUAAAGAGGCUGUGGAUGCGUUGAAGCUCAAUCCUCCUUGCUCUUCUAGUGGGGUUUUGAGAUUUCAGAUUGCUGUGCCCCCCAGUGCAAAAGCAUUAAAUUGGUUUUGUUCUCAACCAGAGUCUUCGGCUGUUUUUCCUUUGUUUUUUCUUUCUAAGGAGCUGAACAGGUCAACAUGUAAAUCUCUAUACUUGAACACAGCUCGUGGAGUUUUUGGAAUUGGAGCUGCUGUUUCCUUUACAAACUCUUCUUCUGUCCCAGGAGAGCUUAGUUCGAUCAAGAGAUGUCUCUCAAAUGACUCAAUCCCUAUGUCAACUUAUGGUUUUCUGGAUAUUAAUUUCAACACAGAAUUGUCUUCUGUGAAGCUUGAAGCUGGUUCUUUUUAUCUAUUCAUUCCUCUGAUCGAGUUAGAUGAGCAUGAGGAUAUCUCUAUUUUAGCAGCCACAUUGGCAUGGAGUGAUUCUUGCUUGUGUACAUUUGAGCAGGCAAUUCAUUCUUAUGAAUCAGCCCUUGACCAGGUAAGUUCUCACUUUUCGCCCACUACAGAGAGAUGCCACUUCAAAUGCAUAAGAUCUGCCAUUAGAAAACUUAAUGUGGUUGAGGACGGAGCUGUGCAAAUGGUAUACAUGAAUGCUCUUUCGAUGGGUGGAAGGGAUUUUGGAGCUUACCCCAUGGAACUGAGAGGGGCAGCUUCUUUCAAUCAGUUCUGUUUCAAGUUUACACCAACUAUUGGUGUUGCCUGCAACAUGUUGGAUAAUGCCAGUGAAAUGACCUAUUCCGUUCCAGAUCGUGCAAAUAUUAAUGCUGUUUGGGCAUUACUUAUAGUUGAAGAAUGUUCUCGCCUUGGUUUGACGUAUUUUUGUGUAGCUCCAGGAUCCAGGUCAUCUCCCCUUGCUCUUGCUGCUUCUGCUCAUCCCUUAGUAACCUGUAUUUCAUGCUUUGAUGAGAGAUCACUGGCAUUUCAUGCUAUUGGGUAUGCAAGAGGAUCUCAGAAAGCAGCAGUCAUCAUAACUACGUCAGGCACUGCAGUUUCGAACCUUCUUCCAGCUGUUGUCGAAGCCAGUCAGGACUUUGUACCACUUCUAGUACUCUCAGCAGAUCGUCCUCCAGAGCUUCAGGAUUGUGGAGCAAACCAAUCAAUCAAUCAGGUAAAUCACUUUGGUUCUUUUGUAAGGUUCUUCUUCAGUCUUCCUCCCCCCACCGAUGAAAUCCCUGCACGGAUGGUACUUACCACACUUGACUCUGCUGUACACCGGGCAACAUCUUCACCAAUUGGACCUGUUCAUAUUAACUGUCCUUUUAGGGAGCCAUUGGAUGAUAGUCCAAAAAUUUGGAAGUCAAGCUGUUUGGAAGGAUUAGAUACUUGGAUGUCUAAUGCUGAACCAUUUACUAAGUAUAUUCUAGUGCAACAUUCUUAUUUAUGUAAUAAUAACACUCAUGGCCAAAUGGAGGAAGUUCUAGAAAAAAUUCAAGGGGUUAACAAAGGGCUCCUACUCAUUGGUGCCAUUUGUACCGAAGAUGAGAUGUGGGCAGUUCUUCUCUUGGCUAAAAACCUUCAGUGGCCUGUUGUGGUUGACAUCUUGUCUGGCUUAAGGUUGAGAAGGCUCUUGUCUUCCUUUCUUGAAGUUGAAGAGAAUAUCUUUUUUGUUGAUUAUCUUGACCAUGCAUUGCUCUCAGAUUCAGUUAGGGAUUGGGUCCAGUUUGAUGUAAUUGUUCAGAUUGGGAGUCGUAUAACAAGCAAGCGUAUUUCUCAGAUGCUAGAGAAAUGUUUCCCAUGCUCAUAUAUCUUGGUUGACAAUCACCCAUGCCGUCAUGAUCCUUCACAUUUUGUAACGCACAGAAUCCAAAGCUCUGCCAUUGAAUUUGCUAAUAUUUUACUUAAAGCCCGAAUUCCACAUAGAAGCAGCAAAUGGUGUGGUUAUCUACAAGCAUUGAACAUGAUGGUUGGACAAGAGAUAUUAUUUCAAGUUUCUGCUGAACACUCCUUGUCGGAACCUCAUAUUGCACAUGUAAUUUCAGAGGCACUUUCAUCUGAGAGUGCUCUUUUUAUUGGGAACAGCAUGGUAAUACGUGAUGCAGAUAUGUAUGGAUGUAACUGGAAAAGUGAUAAUCACAGUAUUGCAGAUAUGAUGUUAAAGACAGAAUUACCGUGUAAGUGGGUAUCAGUUGCUGGAAAUAGGGGUGCUAGUGGAAUUGACGGUUUGCUCAGCACAGCUAUUGGUUUUGCUGUUGGAUGCAAUAAGAGAGUGCUGUGUGUGGUUGGUGAUAUUUCUUUCCUUCAUGAUACAAAUGGCUUGGCAAUUCUGAAACAGAGGAUGUUGCGGAAACCGAUGACAAUUCUUGUGAUUAAUAAUGGUGGUGGUGCAAUAUUCAGCCUUCUCCCAAUUGCAGAUAUAACUGAACCAAGAGUGUUGAAUCAGUAUUUCUACACUUCCCAUAACAUUUCAAUCCACAAGCUAUGUGAGGCACAUGGUGUGAAGCAUUUGGAAGUAAAGACAAAAAUGGAACUACAUGAGGCCUUAUUCUCAUCUCAGCAAGGAGAAACAGAUUGUGUCAUUGAAGUUGAGAGUUCCAUUGAUGCUAAUGCCACUUUCCACAGUGAUAUAAGAAAAUUCGCUUGCCAAGCAGCUGAUCAUGCUUUCAGCAUCCUUUCUAAACUUUCUCUUCCAGAAUCUAUGUCACAAGGGUGCUUUCACUGCAAAAUCCAUUCAAUGAGUUAUUCACUCUAUAGAAUUCCACUUUGCGCUCCACCUACUUCAAGUUUGUCUGAUUCUGACCGCACUAGAUUUUAUAGAGAAGGUUUUAUUUUGUCUUUGACUCUUGAAGAUGGAAGUAUUGGGUAUGGAGAGGUUGCACCUCUUGAAAUUUGCCAUGAAAACCUGCUGGAUGUAGAAGAGCAACUUCGUUUUCUUUUCCAUGUGCUGCAAGGAGCUACAAUUAAUUAUUUUCUACCAACGCUCAAGAGUUCAUUUUCUUCUUGGAUAUGGAAAAAUUUAGGAAUUCCGGCAUGUUCUCUCUUUCCAAGUGUUAGAUGUGGUUUGGAGAUGGCAAUCCUCAAUGCUAUAGCAGUAAGCCAAGGUAUGACUUUAUUGAAUAUUCUUCAUCCUCAGGGGGCAAAAGAAGGAGAAAAAUCUGAGAGAUUGCCAAGUGUUCGGAUAUGCGGUCUUAUUAAUAGUAGUGGAACGCCGGAAGAGGUUGCUUGUAUUGCUAAUGCUCUUGUUGAAGAAGGGUUUACUGCAAUUAAGAUAAAGGUUGCACGUAGGGCAGAUCCAGUUGAAGAUGCUGCUGUUAUACAGGAGGUAAGAAAGAAGGUUGGUUGCCAUAUUGAACUUCGUGUGGAUGCCAAUCGUAACUGGACGUAUGAGGAAGCUAUCCAAUUUGGCUGCUUGGUGAAGGAUUGUAACCUGCAAUAUAUUGAGGAGCCUGUUCAACAUGAGGAUGAUAUUAUAAGGUACUGUGAAGAAAGUGGCUUACCUGUGGCAUUGGAUGAAACUAUUGAUAAUUGCCCAGAAAAUCCUCUCAAUAAGCUUGUCAAGUACAGUCACCCCAGAAUAGUUGCUGUGGUCAUUAAACCAACUGUAAUUGGUGGAUUUGAAAAGGCUGCAAUGUUUGCACGAUGGGCUCAUAGACGGGGAAAGAUGGCCAUCAUUAGUGCUGCAUUUGAAAGCGGUCUAGCUUUGUCAACAUAUAUCCUGUUUUCCUGUUAUGUGGAGAUGCAGAAUGCUGACACAUGCAAAUUGAUGAAUAAUAAACUAGCUCCUUCCGUAGCCCAUGGUCUUGGGACAUACCGUUGGCUGGAAGAAGAUGUAACAGCUGAUCUGCUUGGCAUUGGUCCUAACCCAUGUACUGGUUUUAUAGAAGCAUCUGUUGCUGAUGCUACCCAUCUCCUGCAUAAAUUUCAAAUGAACAACAAUGUUGUUCAUAGAAUGUUUACUGCUGAAGAGGUCCUAAGAUACCAGAUUACUCUGGAUUCAAAUGAUUUCUCUUGUUCCAUCAACGUACAAGAGAUUGGUCAAAGAAAUGACGGUAGCGUGAUUGUAUUUCUUCAUGGUUUUCUCGGAACUAAUCAAGACUGGGACCGUAUCAUGCAUGCCAUCUCAGGAUCAGCAAGAUGCAUUUCAGUUGAUCUGCCUGGCCAUGGGGUAACAAAGAUGAAUCUCUUUGAUGACAAAGCUGCACAUCAACCAACAUUGUCGAUGGAGUUAGUUGCAGAUUUGCUAUUUAAAUUAAUUGAACGCAUCACUCCUGGUAAAGUUACUCUUGUUGGAUAUUCUAUGGGAGCAAGGAUCGCAUUGUACAUGGCACUGAGAUUCAGUGAUAAGAUUGAAGGUGCGGUUAUAUUAUCUGGAAGUCCUGGAUUAGAAGAUGCAGUUGAAAGAAAAAUUUGUAGGGCUAAAGAUGAUUCUAGAGCUUGUUCUCUUGGUACACAUGGUUUGCAGCUAUUCUUAGACACCUGGUAUUCUGGAGGCUUGUGGAAGAGCUUGAGAAGCCAUCCCUAUUUUAAUCAAAUUGCUGCUAGACGGUCACUGCAUGAUGAUGUGCAGGGUCUUGCAAGAGUUUUGUCUGAUUUAAGCGCCGGAAGACAGCCGUCAUUAUGGGAAGACUUGAAGCAUUGCAGAACACCUCUUGUGCUCGUUGUUGGAGAGGAAGAUGAGAAAUUCAAAGGGGUGGCUCAAAAAAUGUGGAAAGAAAUUGGUCAUGUGAGCAAGCUCCAUGAGAUGGUUGUGGUUCCCAACUGCGGCCAUGCUGUCCAUUUGGAGAACCCUCUCCCUAUCAUUCGGCUAGUCAGACAAUUUCUAACCCGUCUAAAAAGUGAUCCAAGUUCCAAAAAAUAAUCUUAAAAUUGAUGACCCUCCACAAACAUGCAUUGUUUUUACUUUUCAGAAGGUGACAAGUUUGCUUCAAAAUGUCUGGUAAAGCUUGUUCAUCAUGCCAGGAAACUGGCUUUCAGCUGCAUUUCUUUUUCUUUUUUCUGCUGGAUCUUAAAGAUUAAUGCCAUGCAUACAUGUCAGUAAGAAUUUAAUAAUUUGACAUUUA